AUGGCAUCGCUUGACGCAUCUAAGCUUGAAAUUAUCAAGACAACGAGUCCAAAGACUAAAAUUCCAAAUGACCAAUUGGUCUUUGGUAAAACUUUCACUGACCAUAUGCUUGAAAUUGAAUGGACAGCUGAAGCUGGUUGGGGUACUCCAAAGAUCUCCCCAUACCACAAUUUCUCAAUGGACCCAGCCGCUGUUGUCUUACACUAUGCUUUCGAACUUUUCGAGGGUAUGAAGGCAUACAAGGAUAAAGAUGGAAAGAUUAGAACAUUUAGACCUGAUAAGAACAUGGUCAGAAUGAAUAAGUCAGCUGCCAGAAUUGCCUUGCCAACUUUUGACGGUGGGGAAUUCAUAAAGUUGAUUGAUCAAUUUUUGUUAGUGGAUCAAGACUUUGUUCCAGAAGGGGACGGUUAUUCCUUAUACUUGAGACCAACAUUGAUUGGUACUAGCUCUACCUUAGCCGUUGGUACGCCAGACCGUGCUUUAUUAUAUCUUAUUGCUUCUCCAGUCGGCCCAUUAUAUGAUGCUAAGUUCCAGGCAGUCUCCUUAGAGGCUACUGAUUACGCAGUAAGAGCAUGGCCAGGUGGUGUUGGUGACAAGAAGUUAGGUGCUAAUUACGCACCAUGUAUCUUGCCACUGAAGCAAGCUAAGGAAAGAGGUUAUGACCAAAACUUGUGGCUUUUCGGUGAAGAAGGUUACAUCACUGAAGUUGGCACCAUGAACGUUUUCUUUGCAUUCCAAAAUGCCGAUGGAACCAAGGAAUUGACCACCGCUCCAUUGGACGGUACUAUCUUGGAAGGUGUCACUAGAGACUCCAUCUUGCAAUUAUGUAAGGAAAGAUUGCCAAAGGAAUGGACUGUCACUGAACGUAAGUUCACUAUCCAUGAAGUUGAAGAAAGAGCCCAAAAGGGACAAUUAAUCGAAGCUUUCGGUGCUGGUACAGCUGCCGUUGUUUCCCCAAUUAAGGCCAUUGGUUGGAAGGGUAAGGACAUCGAAGUCCCACUCUCUACCGGUUCUAGCGGAGAAGUAACCGCAUCUGUAGCUGAAUGGAUCCGUGCCAUUCAAUAUGGUGAUGAAGAUUUCGAAGGAUGGUCAAGAGUCGCCAAAUAG